GUUUUUGUUAUCCCAUUUGAAAUUUUAUUUUGAAAAAGAAGAAUGUGCUACAUAUAUUUUAUAGUAUUCAAAGAUAUUAGGACGAUCAAAGUUAAACUGGGUGAUAUUCGAAAAAGAAAAGAAAAAAUCAUUGAACCAUUACAACAAAAAAAUCGAUGCUUUCAAGUAGGUCCUGAUCCAGGAUGAGUGAUUUGCAAGCAACAUUAGAAUUUGCUGUAGAACUGUACAAGUUCUACAAUGUUGAUUUAUUUCAAAGAGGAUUUUAUCAAGUACGGUGCUCCUUACGAGUAUCACCCAAACUCCCCGUUCAAAUAGAAGUCAAUGUUCCGGAACCCGGAAGGGGCCUGGGGUCAGCGUGCCUUACAGGCUCAGGAGGAGCUUGCCGCCCAUUUCAAAUUUUGUAUCGUAAUGAAGAAGUAUCAUUAAAAGAUGUUAUAUUAUUUCGUGCACAUAUGCUAGUCGAUAGUCGUAGGCUUAAGGAAUCGUUAGAACGAGCUGAUUUUUCAAUUGUAUUAGAAUUAUGGUUUACCGAACAGCUACCACCUGGUAUGGAAAAUAGUAGUUUAGUUGGUGUCUUGUCUGGAAUGGCAUUGGUUUCCACACGGUUAUUACAAUUAAACUUUUCACCAACCAAAGGAUUACACUAUCAUUUACCUAUUUUAUUCGAUUAUUUUCAUUUAUCAGCAAUAUCAUUAUCAAUUCAUGCAAAUCUUGUGGCUCUACAUCAACCGUAUAUCAAGAAAAGUAUAAUGCAUUAUGUUCAAAGUUGUACUCCACGUAGUGCAAAACCGUGGUUAGGAUCAGGAAAAUUUAGUUUUCGUAAUACACCACAAACACCAGUCCAUUCAACAAUUGAUGCUGUGUUUUUUGGUGGAAAUUCAGCAAAAUGUGGCGGUGGUACAAGUGCUUCGAAACUAGCACAAACACGUUUAUUACACCAAAUUGUAUGCGAGGUAUUGUUGGAAUCGUACGAGGCGCUGCGUGUAGCAUUUAGUGAAUAUUUGUUGCUGUUACCACAAUGGCAACAAUCACAGUUGGGAAAUCCAAAUGAUAUUACUCAUCGUUUGAAAAAACUUGGUGAAAUGGCAAAGCAUUUGGAAGCUGAAGAAGAUUUUAUAGCACGUGCCAAUAGUGAUGUUGCACAGUUAUGUGCCGAAAAUAUAGUUCAAUGGCAACAUUUUUUAGCAGCAGUUAGUUGUAAAUCAGCAAUACAUCAACAUUUAGCAAAAAAACAUCAUACACUAAGAGUUAAACGUUUUGCUGAGGCAUUUUUCUUAUUAGAUAAUCCACGACAUUCCGCUGCUGGUUGUUAUGAUGCAAAUUAUCAAAACUAUUUGGCAGUAUCUGAAUUAGCACGACGUUCAAAAUAUUUAGCAUUAUUACCACCAUUACCUGUAUAUUGUGCUGCCCUUGAUGGAGACGUCAAUACAAUUCCAAUUAUAUUUGAAGAUCAAUAUCAAGAUACAUUGGAAUUUGCCAGAAGACGUUCAGUAGCUGCAGGUCGAAAAGCUGGCAGUGAUUCAUUGUUAUCUUCUUAUAUUUUAGAACCAACAUUGAUCGCACAAGAAGAUUGCUCCUGUGGUAUAGCUGCAAUAUUGGAAUCACGUUCAAAUUCAAGGGCUAGUAUGGCUAAAGUUAGCGAUACAAAAUUAAUGCGUAAAGGUCAUAUGAUUCAAGCAUCAUUAACUAUAGCACCAAGUAACAGCAGCAGUAAUGGUAAUAAUCGUCAAACAUCAACAUUACCAGCCCGCCAUAGUAAAUCAUUAGAUCAAUUACGUGUAAAUGCAAUAUCGAAUACAUCAACACUGCCACGAUCGAUACUAUCAAAUCAUGAAGCAUCGUUUCAUAACAAACAUCAACAACAUCAAGCUAAAGACUACAUGUGCAACAAUGAUAUACAAACUUCAUUAGUUUAUAACAAUAGUGAUUAUUUUAGUCGACGAGACAGUGAUAAGAAAACUAAAAAAAGUGACGAAUAUUAUAUGCAACAAAAUUUAAGAAAUUUUUAUUGUAAAAGUAGUUCGAAUUUAUUGGAAAAUAUUGAACAUAAAAAUAGUGCUGUGAGUGAAUGUCAUAAUUUAACCUUGCCACGUCCAAUCCUGCCACCGUGUAAUCCAUACUCUAUACACCCUAAUAAACAGGGUCCUUCAACUAGUAGCCAUCAUUAUGCAUCAUCCUCAGCACCUAAUCCAUUAAUUAUGCAUAGUGCUCCCAAAACCAAACACAUUCCUCGUUCAAAUUCUACCCAUAUAUUCCCGAAUACUGUAUCUAUUGAUAUGGAUACACUAUUCCAGAAUAAUACCUUAUCAACACGUGUACCACGUCGAAAUAUACACUCACAAUCAUCCGCAUCAGCAUAUCGUGAUAAGAGAUCGAAUAUUUUACCUCAAAGUGCUAAUAACUUAUUAGAAUUAAGUAAUGAGGGUAAUUUUCAUAGAGAUAGUGUUGUAUCCCGUAAGGAUACUUCAGAAAUACACCAAUUUAAUACUUACCAGUGCAAUUCACUUAAAACGUCCAAUCAGAUAAAUCGACAAAAAUUGACUGAACGAGUACAUAAAUUAAUAUCGUCAGAUCCGAAUAGUUCAUCGACAGAUAGUGAGUCACAUUUAAAUAGUAUGUAUAAACGUUUAGAAGGUUCGAUUAGUGUACCAAAUCAAUUAUCACGAACAACAGUAGGAGCUAAUAAUGAAGCGGCAGCAUUACGACAUGCAAAAAGUGCUGCAAAUGUUUUAGAAGAUUCAUUUUCACCACUUUCAGCGUUAAGUGAAUCGUUGCCAAAUUUAGCACCACCUCCACCAGCAUUUGUUUCAUCGCCGCUACAUUCAAAUAAUCGUUCACUAAGUAGUUCUGCGUCAACAUCAAGUUUAACAAGUGAACAAAGUGGUUGGGUUUCAUCACGACGUAGCUCGGAUCCCUCAAGUCCAGAUUUACCACCUUAUGUCGCCACUCGAACACCGUUAUGUUCGACAAAUAGUACAUACGCUUCAAACGGUGAUAAAUAUGCUAUACCGGAACUUAUAAAUGGCGGCCUAUUAUAUAACACAAUUGAAAAUCAAAAAUUUAACACGUUACUAAACGGUCAUGACAAACAAAAUCAUAUAUUAAAUGGUGAAAAGUUACGUGAAAAAUUACAAAAGUUGGCCUCAGAAAAUAGUAAUAAAACUAGUACAUUACGUAAUAAAACACAAAAUUUAGAUUUAAUUGCUGGACAUCAUCAAAUUCGUAAACGAACUCGCAGUACGAAUCAAAAAUCCUCGCUGAACGCAAAACUUAGUAAUAAUGUUGAUAAUAAAAUUACAAAUAUUUAUAAUGGACAUGAACAAAAGUCAAUUUUAGGAACAGAUAAGGAAUUUAUUUUAGACAUUUAUAAUAUGAGUUUACCAAAUAAUAGGAAUAAUAGUUCAAAAUCACCCACAUCAAUAAAUAAUCUUGGAUUACAUCCAUAUAUACGAAAAGAAUGUGUACGAAUACCACCCUUACAAAAUGAAGAAGUACUCAACAGCGAAGAAUUAAAAGAUCCAAUUGUCGACGAUGAAUUCGAUCAUGCGUAUGAAGAAUUACGUCUACCGCCACCACAACAAUUUCGAGAUGUACCUCCACCUCCUGAACCAUUCCGAGAUCCACCUCCAGCGCCACCACUUCCUGUUGAUAAUUUAUUGUAUCAUGUAUAUGAAUCUGUUCGAAGUAGAGAACGUCGACAAAAACAUCCUGAAAUGAUGAAAUCUCAGUCUACAAAUGAAUUAACUGAUCGGAUAGCUUCAUUAGAACCACAAAAUGUUGUACACAAAAAAUUAUUAAUUGAUGAGGCUGAACAAGCAUUUGCAAAAGCAAAAAGUGAAUUUAAACGACAGAUAAAUUUUUCUGGUAGUUUAUAUUCAGAUUAUCCAUAUUACGCUUCAACUCUUCCUUACUUCCAUAUAAGUGAUGAAUAUCGAAUGUUUUCACCAGAAGGUUUACAUUUAAUAAUUUGUGUUCAUGGCCUUGAUGGUAAUUCUGCCGAUCUUAGAUUAGUAAAAACGUAUUUAGAAUUAGGAUUGCCGGGAGCGCAUUUGGAAUUUUUAAUGUCCGAACAAAAUCAAGGUGAUACGUUUAGUGACUUUGAUACAAUGACUGAUCGAUUAGUUACAGAAAUACUCUAUCAAAUAGAAACAUGUAGUUUGAAUCCAACGCGAAUUAGUUUUGUUGGACAUUCAUUGGGUAACAUAAUUAUACGUUCAGCUCUAACACGACCACAAAUGAAACCACUUUUAUCAAGACUGCAUACUUUUUUGUCGUUAUCGGGUCCACAUUUGGGUACAUUAUAUAAUAGUAGCGGAUUAGUAAAUAUGGGUAUGUGGUUCAUGCAAAAAUGGAAAAAAUCAGGAUCGUUAUUACAACUUUGCAUGCGAGAUGCAAAUGAUGUACGACAAACAUUUUUAUAUCGAUUGAGUCAAAAGAGUACUUUGCAUCAUUUUAAAAAUGUUUUACUGUGUGGAUCGAGUCAGGACAGGUACGUGCCACUUCAUUCAGCGAGGUUAGAAUUGUGUAAGGCAGCGAUUAGAGACACAUCCUUAUUGGGUACAGCUUAUAGAGAAAUGGUCCAUAAUAUUGUAGCACCAAUGCUAGCGCGAAGAGAACUAACUUUAGUGCGAUAUGAUGUACAUCACGCAUUACCACACACGGCUAAUGCUCUAAUUGGAAGAGCAGCACAUAUUGCUGUUUUAGAUUCAGAAUUAUUUAUUGAAAAAUUUUUGGUGGUUGCUGGAUUGAAGUAUUUUCGCUGAAUAUAUUUAAAAAAGAAAGUCUUAUGAUUUUUAUGAAAGUUGUUAGAAUUUGCAGAUAUAGUUUAUAUGUUGACUACUAAUUUAUAAUUUCCUAAAAAGUUAUUGAUGGAAAAAUGUAUUUGGCGGUAAUCACACAUUAUGGGGUUUAAAUUUUCAGAUAGUUUGUGUACACCGAUUUACUCAAGUCAAUUAUUUCCAAAUUUGAGCAAUAUAUAAAAUUUUCUAUGAAGCUGUCUAAUUCCAUGGAAUUUUUUCAUAGAAAGUACCAAUGCAA